AUGGAUAGACACCUUGCACAGCGAGAAUUUGAUGCGCAACUAGAUGCGCAACUACGACAACGCCAGGCUCCGAAUGCGAAUAAUCAAAACCAAGAUGGCGAAGAUAUAAGGCCAGGUGUAGUAUUAGAGAAUGAAGAUGGGCAGGCAAGGGCAAUAUUCAACUUGAACCUUGAUUACAAGUAUUUCCCAAGUUACUUUUCCAUUGUAUUCUCUGUUAUCGGUGGUUACUUAUUCCUAGCAUAUGCUUUGACAACCCUGGUAGGGUACUUAUUGAACCUGGUAUAUUUUAAGAUCAUUGCUAUAAUGGUAAAUGGAGUCUCUAUAUUAGGAACUUAUAUGAAUCUCCCUGGAUACCAUCAAAGAAUUGUGGAAAUGUGGCCCAUCGUAACCAAAUUUGAGUCUGCGUUGUACGAUGCAAUUAUACUUCCAAUCGUAAAUCUUUAUUUUGCAUAUACAAAAGGAACAGAAAAGCAUGGUAUGCUAGUUAGAAUGAUAGCGCCCGCUAGUACUUACUUGACGUUCAUCGCUCUUUGUUGUAUCGUUCCUGAAAUAUUGUCUCGUGGACACUCUAAAAAGAAUAGAUUGAAAACCCAAUGGAAAAGGGUAGUAUUCCAAGUAACUUAUACCAUAAAGUGUACUUUGAAAGUUUUGACAUUAUUUACCCUUGAAUUGGCUGGCUUCCCCAUCCUGGCGGGAUUCUUAAUCGAUAUAUCGCUAAUAUCACCUUUGUUACUACCGCAAAACAGUUUAACCUUUAUACCCAAGUUUUGUUCCUUUUGGCCACCAUAUUUUUCUUAUAUUGCAUAUUGGGCAAUUGGUACUCUCUAUAUGUAUCGCUUUGCUCAGUACGUUGGCAUGGUUAGGCAAUAUAUCAUCAGGCCGGGUGUGCUUUUCUUCAUUAGAUCACCAGAUGAUCCUAAUAUCAAAUUAUUACAAGAUUCCUUGAUAUAUCCAAUGAAACUCCAACUUUCAAGACUUUUACUGUCAAUGGCGAUUUAUACUGCGUUUAUUUUAGUGGGUUUCGGUUUCCACACUAGAUUCUUAUUCCCAUUCAUUUUACGCUCUGAAUUGUUACCUAUGAAGCAUAGUUUGUCUACAUUGUUAACAACAGGUACACUACUUUCUAUUACGGUACUUGCUUUUACGGAUAAAGUCUUAUCGAAGAAUAGAAUUAUCAAUGUAUACGUGAGGCAAUAUUGGAUUUUUGUUUUCGAUAUUUGCUGUAGGAAAAUCAGACUAUCAUCCUUCAUUUUAGGAAAAGACUCUCCUACGGAAAGAGGCCAUGUUGUGUAUAGGAACUUCUACUACAAAUGGUUUAACUCCAAAAAGGCACGUUUAUCAAAUCUGCAAUUAUACUCACACCCAAAAUCAGAAAAUGAAGUUAAAAGUCUUUUCAAUGAAAUUCCCGACGUACAUGCGUACUUUGUUCCAGAUGGUACGAUGAUGAGAGUUCCUGCCAGUGAUAUAAUCUCGAAAAAAUACGCUCAACUAUUAUUUGUACCAGUUACCAAAGAUGAUAAACUAUUAAAGCCAUUGGAUCUUAAACACAUCAAAGAAAGGCAAAAGCGUACUGCUGGUGAGUUUGGCUAUCUAGAAAAGCAACCCACAGAAUUUGAUGAAUACAAGGUCGUUUAUGUCCCUCCCCAUUUCACUCUCAUGUAUUCUCUUCUUAUCGUAUUCAUAUGGUUUUUCUCAUCAUUACUUUUCAUUGGUUUAUUGUUAGCUUCCAAUCUCAUUGGCCUUCCUGUAAUUACAGGCUUACAAUAUCUAUUGCAUUUGAUUGUGCCAUCAUUCAUUGAUUCCGGCAUCAACCUAUAUGGAAGUAUUAACUCGCUCAAUUUAUUUUCUGUUUGUUGUGGUCUUGUCAUUCUCUCGGUAGCGUUAACUUCUUAUCACACUCGUAAAUUGAACGCGCUCGUUCGAAACAAUAGGAUCGUUGAAGUUAAUGUUGAUAAUAUUGAAAAUGAACUAGAUGAUGUGAUUCAAGAGGUUCAACUUGGAGAAAAUGAUAUAAAUAAUAAUAUCAACAAUAUUGAUGUUAAUAACAAUGUGGCUGCUCCAGCUGCAGAAGAAUUUGAUAUAUGGAAUCCUAUAAAUGGAUUUAUCAGUGCAAUCCACCCAAUCUUUACUGCUUAUGUUGGGACAUUCCUCUUCAAGUGUAAUGUCUCUUAUCAUUCAAACUUUCUCUUCAAAUAUUUCAAGUUUCAUUUCCUUGAAGAAAAUCUCAUUCAUUUAGAUGACAAUAUUAACACAAUUCAUCCUGCAAUCAUGUUUUGGUUCCUACCUUCGGAUCUAGUCAGUAAUGGUUAUUCUGUGGAAACAUGUUUAACAAUUUUCCUUCGGAUUGAAAUUGCUAUAGUCGGAUAUAUUGCGUUUAAAACAUAUCAAGAGGAAAACAAAACUGCUGGGAGAAGAAAGCUUAUAGAAAAGGCAGCUGAUGUCUGUACGAUUUUCCUAGCUCUAUUGCUUCUAGUUCCGAUCUUACUUCAGUAUUUGAUUUGCUUGAUGGAGUAUGUCUCUAAUCGCAACUCAUAUACAUCUACGUGGGCGCCUUUUAUCUACUUUACAAUGAUUACCCCCGGUGUAUCUUCUGAUCAUGAAUCAAUGAGUGUAUUACAGAAGCUUUUCUACUGUACUGAUGCCGUCGUAUUCUCUUCUGCCUUUAUUGCAUUAAAAAUAGUAACCUUAAGAGGUAUCUAUGAAUCUGUAACGCAAAGGGUGAGGGAUGAAGUUUAUGGCAGAGGAAGAAUACUUAAGAAUUUUGACGAUUAG